AUGGAAGGUCUUUUCUUUAACGUUAACGGAGGGUACCUCGAGGGUAUCGUCCGUGGAUACCGCAACAGUCUACUUACGGGUCAGCAGUAUGCAAACUUGACCCAGUGUGAAUCCAUAGAUGAUGUCAAACUGCAACUUGCCCCCGCAUAUGGAGACUUCCUCGCGGCUCUCCCCCCGAACCCCUCCACCUCCUCUCUCGCCGCCAAAAUGACGGACAAGAUGGUCGCUGAAUUCCGCUACGUCCAAGCCCAAGCAACGGGCUCAUUCGCCAAAUUCAUGGAAUACCUAACCUAUGGCUACAUGAUCGAUAAUGUUGCAUUGCUGAUUACCGGGACCCUACACGAAAGAGAUACCCGUGAGCUUCUAGAGCGUUGUCACCCUCUGGGCUGGUUCGAGACUCUACCCGUGCUCUGCGUCGCAACCAAUAUCGAAGAACUCUAUAACUCUGUACUCGUCGAAACGCCACUUGCUGCAUAUUUCAAGGGUAGUUUGAGUCAUCAGGACUUGGACGAAUUGAAUAUUGAGAUUGUCCGGAAUACAUUGUACAAGAACUACCUAGAGGAUUUCUACAAUUUCAUCAACACAAACUCGGAUCUCAAGGGUACACCGACACAAGAGACCAUGGCCGAGAUUCUGGAGUACGAAGCUGAUCGACGAGCAAUCAACAUCACCUUGAACUCAUUUGGAACUGAACUCUCCAAGCAAGAGCGCAAGAAACUCUACCCGGAGUUCGGGAAAUUAUACCCCGAAGGCUCGUUGAUGCUCUCUCGGGCCGAUGAUGUAGAAGGUGUUGCUCUCGCGGUCAGCGGAGUAGGAGAUUAUAAGACUUUCUUUGAUGCCGUGGGAUUGUCUCAGGGAGGUCCCGGUGGCAUUGGAAAUAUGGCUGGCGGCGGCAGUUCUGAUGGGAAGAGUUUGGAGGAUUUGUUUUAUCAGAAGGAGAUGGAGUUGUGCAAGGUCGUUUUUACGCGUCAGUUUACUACGGCCAUUGUAUAUGCCUGGGUCAAGUUAAGGGAGCAGGAAAUCCGCAAUAUCACCUGGAUUGCAGAGUGUAUUGCACAGCAUCAAAAGGAACGAAUAGGAAACUACAUCUCUGUUUUCUAG